AUGGAGCCAUUCCGCAUGUCGCAGCUGCAGCAGGCAGGCAGCUCCCACUUUGGUUCCAAGCGCAGGCGCACUUUCUCCGAAGCAGCCGGCACACCGCACACCAUUCGGCCCAAAACCAAGGCCAAGGCCGUGAGCUGGCUGCGCUCGGCCGAUGCUGCAGACUCAAACCAGUUACCAGACCAGACCAGACAAGACACCGGACCAUGUCUCUACCGCAACUCUGAGGUACAUACUCCUUUGACGCCUCACCAAGCCUGUUCGGAUAGCUUCAAAGGCAACACUCUGCCGCCCAUUUACCGCCUCAUACCCUCCUUGACACCUUCAACCGCGAUGACGCCCCUACAUGCUGACGAACUUCGAACAUUUCUCCGUUGCCCUGCCCUCUCGGUGGCACUGAUCGACCGUCUCCUCCCCCGACCCUCCGACCCCGCCGCGCCAGGCAUCACCCUGGCUGUCGCACGCGACGUCACGGCCAACUCUUUCACCACCGCGCAACGAGGGCCUCGCUACGACCGAACGAAUAAUCCCAUAACCGCCAUCAUGGCGACCGACGUCCACAAAACCGAUGCGAAAGGCGAUGCGAAGAGCGAUAUCAAGGUUCCUGCGCCAGCUCCCAACGCGGGCUUGGUCAGAAAACCAAGCGAUCCUCAUCCGGCUGGUCGCGUCAAACACAGCCUAGUAGUGCAGGUCCUUCGGGGCUUCUCGUUCGGCGUUUACUUUGCUGCUUGUUGCCUUGCCAUCAUCACGACCCAAAUCUUGGGCGUUCCACUAUACUGGGCGAAUCGCGACAUGUUCUACUCCUACAUGGCACUCACGAAGCAGUCCUUUGGCCUGACUAUCACCGCCAUGACCCAUAUUUGGAGCAGUACUACCAUCAGAAUAAGCGGCGAUGCGUCGAUGAACGGGCAGAUCCAGAAGACGGCGGACGGAAGGGUCCAGUUCAACUUUCCAGAGCGUGUGGUGCUCAUCGCGAACCAUCAGAUCUACACCGAUUGGCUCUACCUAUGGUGGGUGGCCUACGCGAACUCUCCGAGCAUGCAUGGCCACAUCUACAUCAUUCUCAAGGAAUCUCUCAAGUACAUCCCCGGAGUUGGCGCCGGCAUGAUGUUCUACGGCUUCAUCUUCAUGUCGCGCAAGAUGUCGACCGACCAGCCGCGACUCGCGCACCGACUUCAGAAGCUGAAGAAGCAACACGUUGGCGCCAACGGGAACAAGUAUCUUGAUCCCAUGUGGCUCUUACUCUUCCCCGAGGGUACGAACUUGUCCACCAAUGGUCGCAGGAAAUCGGCGGCUUGGGCCAAGAAGAACGACCUUAAGGAUCCCGAACACGUCCUGCUGCCCCGGAGCACAGGCACGUUCUUCUGCUUGAACGAGCUGAAAGGUUCGCUUGACUACGUUUACGACUGCACAGUCGCGUACGAAGGAGUUCCCCGUGGCAAGUUUGGCGACCAGUUCUUUACUCUCACUAGCACCUACUUCCAAGGUCGCCCCCCCAAGUCGGUCAACUUCCACUGGCGUCGCUUCCGCCUCGCCGAUAUCCCUCUGGACGACGCCAAAGUUUUUGACACUUGGCUGCGCGAGCGGUGGUACGAGAAGGACGCCAUCAUGGAAGAGUACCUGUCCACGGGACGCUUCCCCGCGAGCCAGGACCUCAAGGGUGGCUUCGUCGAGACGGAGGUCCGCUUGAAGAGCUGGAUCGAACUCGGACAGAUCUUCGUCGUGGUCGGCAUUGCCGGCCUCGUUUUGCGCAUUGUCGCCAACUCUAUCACUAGAUUCGCUUCGGUUCUCUAG